UGAACCAGAAAAUCAUUCAUCACUUAUGCUUCAAUAAUGAAUUCCACUCUUUUUUUCACUACUCUCAUCAUCGUUACAAUUUCUUUACUCACAGUAGUCGUUUCCUCACGAUCACAACUAUAUGACUCACCAGACCACUACUUCAUUAAUUGUGGAUCAAACUCGGAUAUCGAAUUCGCUGGCAAGACAUUCCUUAACGACCAAAAACCGAACGAUUUCUAUGUCUCUGGUGGUAGUCCUAUUGCAGCCAAAAGUAACAGCAACCCAGCUGAACAUAAAAUUUAUCAAACAGCAAGAAUUUUCAACAAAAAAUCAGGGUAUGAGCUAGAAGCAGGUGAAAACAAUACUUUUGUCAUGGUACGUCUUUAUUUUUCGCCGUUUAUUACUGAAAGAUCACUAGACUUAUCAAGUUCUAAAUUUGAAGUUUCGGUUCUUGGGUUCACUUUGUUAUCGGAUUUUAGUGUUGAAAAUCGGCCAGUGAUGAGAGAGUUUAUAGUUCCUAUUGGAGAUGACCCAAAGUUUAAGAUUGAGUUCGAACCAUCAAAUCCGACAUUCCCUGCAUUUGUUAAUGCGAUUGAAGCUUUCACAGCACCAAAAGAGCUCUUCAUAAAAGCAACUCUUCCACAUGUAUCCCCUGAAGGACAAAAUGGUGAUAUCCAAGACAUAGCGUCAGCUUUUGCUUUCAACCCGGUUUAUCGAAUCAACGUUGGUGGUGCACGAGUUGAAGUUGAAGAUGACAGGUUAAGACGAAUAUGGACCCCGGAUGCUCCUUACAUUUUCAGCAAUACUUCAGCUAAAAAUGCAACCCCCUUUGAUGGUGACCUUAGGUAUAAAGACGGGUCAGCAGCCAGAUAUGAUGCUCCUGAUUCUGUUUACAAAACAGCCAAACAGUUAAAUAAUAAUCUGGUUAACGCAACAUGGCGAUUUACUGUUCGUAAGAGCUCCAUGUAUCUCCUUCGAGCCCAUUUUUGUGACAUUCUGUACGUAAGUUCUGCUUCCCGGUUUAAUUUCUAUGUUUACAGCCAUUUCAACAAAGUUAUUGAAUUGGGUAAGAGAGAGUCGGAGACCUAUGUACCGUUUUUUCAUGAUUUCGUUGUGGAAUCGGAUGGGUCGGAGGUUCUGAAUGUUAGCAUUGGGGAGUAUACGGGUAUGAAUACAACGGUGUUUUUAAAUGGACUUGAGAUCCUGGAGUUGUUGAAAAAAUCGGACGCGGUUAGUUCGACUCAAACCGAUAAGAAAAAGAGCAAGAAAGUGUUUGUUGUGGUUGGAUGUGUUAUUGGGGGUGUGGCUUUAAUGUUGGUUUUGUUACUUGGUUUCUUCAUUGGGUUGAAAUACGGCAAGGCAAAACCCGCGGUGGCAGAGGCAAAACCGGAAUCUAACUUGGUGCCAUCGUACGGUCGGAGUUCAUACACGAGCAUAAGUAUCGACUUUACCAUCAACCAUCCUUCGCCAAACUUAAAUCUAAAUCUUCGUUUGCCAUUUGCUGAUAUAUGGCAAGCAACAAAUGGUUUCGAUGAGAAACUAAUGAUUGGGAAAGGAGGGUUUGGGAAGGUAUAUAAAGGAACUCUUCCAAACGGUAUGAUAGUUGCGGUGAAACGGGGCGAAAAGGGUCACGGGCAGGGCCGGCCCGAGUUUGUGACCGAGAUUAUGCUGUUGUCAAAGAUACGGUACCAGCAUUUGGUUACUCUGAUUGGGUAUUGUGACGAGAGGUCUGAAAUGAUACUUGUGUACGAGUUUAUGGAAAAAGGUACCCUUCAAGAUCAUUUGUAUGACUCGGAUAAGAAUCUACCGAAGCUCUCUUGGGAUCGAAGGCUCGAGAUUUGCAUUAGUGCGGCUCGAGGGUUACAUUACCUUCACACUGCAGGUUCAGAUGGAGGAAUAAUUCAUCGUGAUGUCAAAUCAACCAACAUCUUGCUUAACGAAAAGUAUGUUGCAAAAGUGGCCGAUUUUGGGAUAUCUAGGUUGGAUAAUAUGGAUGAAGGCAAUAUCACGGGCGUCAAAGGGAGUUUCGGGUAUUUGGAUCCAGAAUACAUAGGAUGCAUGAGGCUAACUCAAAAGUCUGAUGUGUACUCUUUCGGAGUUGUUUUACUUGAAGUACUAUGCGCAAGGCCAGCACUCGAUAACACACUUCCUCCAAAAGAAGCAAACUUGGCAGAUUGGGCGAUUAGACAGAUAGACAAUGGAAUGACGGAGACGAUAAUUGAUCCAUAUGUUGUGGGUAAAAUAAACUCAAACUCGUUAAGAAAAUUUUUGGAAACGGUUCAAAGAUGUUUGAAGGAGACAGGGGAAGAGAGGCCGAACAUGAUUGAUGUGUUGUGGGACUUAGAAUAUGCGUUGAAGCUUCAACAAAUGGUGGCGGAUAAAGAGCCGUAUGAAGAUAGCACGAUGAAUACGUCGUUAGAGUUGCCAAUGUCCAUGAUCCAUCGCUUGCCUUCUAACUUAAACGACGAUUCUGAUGUUAACGAUCAUCAAUCAGCCUUGAGCUAUCCUAGUGAAAGCCAAGUGUUUUCCCAGUUGAACAUGGAUGAAGCAAGAUAGUAUCAUUACAUACGAGUGAAUCAAGGUCCCGCCAUUGUUCAUUCUAUUUUGUGCAUGUAUUCAUUUUCCACUCGUAGAUCAUCUACUUAUAUGUUUCGUCUCACAUAUAGCUUUUGUAUAUUCAUAAUUCUUAAUGUAAUAUAUACAUAUGUCAUUGUGCUUUC